AUACCAACCCGACGAAACCGAACCGACACAAACCGCUCUCCAUUUUCCCUCCCUUUUCAAAACCCUAACCCUAGAAAGCUUCAGAAGAAGCUCGCGGCAAAUCGGACAGAUCCGGAGAAGAAGAGCCGAAGAAGAAGAAUAUGUUGGAGCUACGGCUUGUGCAGGGUUCGCUUCUAAAGAAGGUUAUGGAGGCCCUCAAGGACCUCGUCAAUGACGCAAACUUCGACUGCUCGGCCACCGGGUUCUCGCUGCAGGCCAUGGAUUCCAGCCAUGUCGCGCUCGUGGCGCUGCUGCUCAGAUCGGAGGGCUUCGAGCACUACCGCUGCGAUCGGAACCUCUCGAUGGGGAUGAACCUCGGUAAUAUGUCCAAGAUGCUCAAGUGUGCCGGAAACGACGAUAUCAUCACUAUCAAGGCCGACGAUGGAAGUGAUACUGUCACUUUCAUGUUCGAAAGUCCCACUCAAGAUAAAAUUGCGGACUUUGAGAUGAAGCUAAUGGACAUUGAUAGCGAGCACCUUGGAAUUCCGGAAGCUGAAUAUCAUGCUAUUGUUAGGAUGCCUUCAGCUGAGUUUGCUAGAAUAUGCAAAGAUCUCAGCAGCAUUGGUGAUACUGUUGUCAUCUCUGUUACUAAGGAAGGCGUGAAGUUCUCGACAAGAGGUGAUAUUGGUACUGCUAACAUAGUUUGCAGACAAAAUACUACAGUAGAUAAGCCAGAAGAAGCGACAAUUAUAGAGAUGAAUGAACCAGUUUCUCUAACAUUUGCUCUGAGGUACAUGAACUCCUUUACGAAGGCGACCCCAUUGUCAAACACUGUUACGAUCAGCUUGUCUUCAGAAUUGCCUGUUGUGGUUGAGUACAAGAUUGCAGAGAUGGGCUAUGUCAGGUUCUACUUGGCUCCUAAGAUUGAAGAGGAUGAAGACGAGACAAAGUGAGUUUAAGCACUAUGCCAUUUUGGAUCACCCAAUAGGCUGCUUUCUCAUUUACCCUGGUUGUACUGUCUAACGUUCAUCUUAGAACUUUUGCUUAUAUGGCUUAAUCAGGGUUGUCAUUUAAGCAGUGAAGUAAUAGUUUAGAUGAUUUUCCCAGAUCUAUUUAGUAUUGUUCUUGCUAUGUAGUGUAAACAAUGUUACUUUUUUAUGUUCAUUGGUUGUUUGUAUAUGUUCUUUGGUAUUGGCACAAUUCAGGUUCUGAACUAACCCGAUUUGAUGAAUCUAGAAGUGAAACUAGAUACCGUAU